UAUUUUCAAGAUAUAUAUAUAUAUAUAUAUAUGUAUAAAUAUACUGUAUAUAUAUUUCACCCUUCAUUUUUAUAUAAAUCUCAAAAUGUAUACGUCUCUUCUUCUAUGUAUGAUACUUUUCGCCUUUCAAUUUUAUCCUAUUGAUUCUAUAGUCACAUACAAAAAUUGCAACGAAGCUAUAUGGAUGAAUAAGGAGUCUGGUGAUUAUUUUAUUCAACCAUUGGCUGAAGGUGGCAUAGCCAAUGUUUAUUGUGAAAUUCAAAAUAAUUUUACACUCGUUUCCUUUGUUAAGCCGAAUACAAAACCCAAUACUUAUCUUCGUCAAGUUCCAGCUAAAACUUAUUUUAUAUCAUAUUCAAAUUUUACUGAUAAUGAUAUGAGCAAGUUCAUGGAGGAAGCAAAAUUUAAUUGUCGUCAGUUUUUUAACUAUACGGAAAGAAAUGCUCAUAUAAGUCAUCAGAAAUUUACGUUUUGGGACAAUACUGUCAUACCUCUUCAAAGUAAUAUAGAUGGUGGAUGUCUUUGUUUAAUAAGUGGAGUAUGUGAAAUCUCUGGAUCGCCAAAUACAUCUUGUAACGCAAUAUCAGAGGCUGUCGAUACAGAACAAUACACAGAUUACGGUAGAAUAGCAGUAAAAAAAGAAAGGUUACCUGUAAAAGCUGUAACAUUUGGGGAUAUUGAUGGUAGUCAUGAAUAUAUAUAUUACACAUUGGAAGAUUUGAUUUGCGAAGAAGAAAUCUAUCCGAAAGUGAAUGUUUUAGAAACUUCAGAUUUUUGUUCAAGUACAAACUGGAAUAUUCUUUUUGAUGCGAAUUCUACUUCCUUUCAAAGCCUAACGAUUAAACAACAAGGAGGAGACUGCGAAAAUAUAAUGCUAUUUGGAAGAGUACCGCAAAAGUACCAAUCUUGCAAGAGAAUUGAAACGAACAGUUGCGAAUAUGACUGCGAAAUCGCCAGCGAUGAAUUUCACAUUUACAUAAAUGAAAAAACUAAUAUAAAUAUUUGUGAACUUGAGUUUCGAUAUCAAAAUUUAAAAUAA